GCGCAGGGUGGGGUUUGCAGCGGUGCCCGGGAGCGGCUGUCAGGGGUGAUGUAGCCCGUGUGGGAGGGAAUACCCCCCGCUCCAGCAUGAAGACGGUGUGAAAGAUGUGCGAGCAGGCAGCGCGCUACUGCAGGGCGAGCGUCCACAAGCUCCUGCACAAGCCGCAGCCGCAGCUCCGGGGGCUGGACGGACUGCUCCGCUGGAUAGUCACCAAGAUGAGCGACAAGAGCGUGCUGGCCGAGCGCGACUUCUUCGCGGCCGAGCAGAGGAAAGGCACCUCGGUCAUCCUGGAUAUCUUCAGACGAGCUGACAAAAAUGAUGAUGGGAAGCUGUCUUUGGAAGAGUUCCAGGCUUUUUUUUCUGACGGGACUCUGAAUGAAGAAGAACUUGAAAAGCUCUUUCAUACAAUUGACUCGGACAACACCAGUAAUGUGGAUACAAAGGAGCUGUGUGAUUAUUUUGUUGAUCAUAUGGGAGAUUAUGAAGAUGUUUUGGCUUCAUUGGAAACCCUUAACCUCUCCAUUUUGAAAGCCAUGGACUAUACCAAGCGGGUGUAUGAAAGAGGGACCAAUGUGGACCAGUUUGUGACCCGGUUCCUGAUGCUGCUGAAGGAGACUGCCAACCAGAUCCAGUCCCUGCUGAGCUCUGUGGAGAGUGCUGUUGACGCCAUUGAUGAACAAACCAAUCAGAUCAGGCACUACCACAGUAAAUCUGGCCAUGGUAUAAUGGAUACUUGGUAUGACAGCCCUGUGCCUAAUUACUCCCCUAAUAACAGAAUUAUGACCAAGGAGCACAGGAAAAGCUUCCAGACUGGGUCUUCAGACACUAAGGAAGAGGGACUGGAGGCUCAGAUUAACAGACUAGCUGAGCUGAUUGGAAGACUGGAGAGUAAGACUCUCUGGUUUGACCUGCACCAGCGACUGUCAGACAGCGAAAGCACUGCUUGCACAUAUCUCCUUUUGGUACGGAAUGAGAUGACAGUUUCCCAGAAGCACCUGGGAGAAUUCUGUAGCUCCCUUAAGCAGUACUUGAAGAUUGUGGCAGGAGAGAGGGACUGUUUCCAUGUAACUGCAGUGAGGCUCCCGGAUGGAGUCACCUUCAUUGUCUAUGAGUUCUGGGAGUCUGAGGAAGAUUGGAAGAGACACCUGCAGAGCGCUGCUUGCAAAGGGUUCCAGCAUGUGAAAGUGGACACCCUGACUCAGCCGGAGGCUGUUUCCAGUGUGUCAGUUCCAGCGGCCUGGUGCACCCUGAACAGAGACUAACUGCAUUCCUGGAGAAGACACAGAAAGGUGAACAGUGCAACUUUCAGACUUUCACCUUCUUGUCUUUUUCUGUCUUCUGAAUUCUCUCUUCCUUUACAGAGGACUAAACUCCUGUCUUUUCUAAUGACUUUGUUACAAGUAUUGUCUUUUGAAUACACUUCUAACCAGGAAUGUCAGAAAUGUAUGUUUGCUGUUUGAAGUGAAGGAAAACAAACCAAAACAAAAAAAAAACCUUACACCUACUACAUCAGUUCCCCAAAGAUCAUCUCUCAAACAGGCCUGGAGUGGAGUAUGUUGUCUGCCUCCUCAUCACCAGAGCCCUGUUGCUGUUUGAGAGACCACAGAGCCAUGGGGUCUUUUCUAGGCUCUGUGACACUAAGCAAAACUUAUUUAUUAUUCUCAGUAAGGUGGGAAUAAUUAAAUAAAUGAACAUGUGGCCAAAGCCUGACUCUCAGAAUUGACUCUUCAGCAGCAAUGGCCUAAUUUUCAGAAGUGCUGUAAUUUCCAUAGAUUUCAGUAAAACAGUAGGUUUUUGGCACUACAGAAAAUAGAUAGGGAGGACACUGGAGCACAGGCCCAACAGUAUGAUUCAGUCUGGCCAGCCCUUUCCGUGAUGAGGCCAGCAGAAGCCACUUUUACUCAGAAAGUUUUGUUCCAGAUAGAUGUUAGUUUUUUCAUGUAGUAAGCUUGUAAGAAUACAUUUUGCAAUGGAAUCUAUACUCUUUCUCUAGAAUUCAGCAUUGCCAUUUACUUAUGAAAUAAAUCCAGCUGUGAUGUAUCAGCAGCUCAGAGCUGCCUAGUGGAACAGGCCUAAUUUGAGAAGGAGAGUCACUCUGCCUUAGAAUUGAUGCACCAUUUUUAGAUUUUUAAUUUAAUUGUUGUUUUUGUCCUAUGUAGUCAGGAAGAAAAUGAAAACUGUUUUUCUUCCUCCUCUUCAAUUCCUGUGUCAAACUGAAGUUUCCUUCACUUUAAAGCCAAUGCAUGCUAACUAAGCCUUGAUGUACUAUAGAUGCCUUCUUGCUGUAGAAAGUAGCAAUCUAUUCCUUUACUAAGUUUAGUGCAUUUUUUAUUUGUUUUUACUGGGAACUACUGCAGGGGAACCAACUCUGAGAUGCAGGCUUGCUUAUUUCUUCACUUUUGACUAUAAUGUUUGAUAUUAUUCUCUAUGUAUGUCAGCAAAUGUACCUGGCUUUGAAACCAUAGCAAACUACAGGGUGUCAGUAUUAAGCAACAUAUAAGCAAUUUAAUAUUAGAAUAUGUACAGUUAAGUACUAGAGAUGCCAAAUAAAAUCUCAUU